ACAUGUCAGUAAAUUUCGGACAAGGAUUAAGAAAAUAUUGAAUUUUGUUGAAACUAAAGAAAAAAAAUGAAACAAACAACAACAAUGAUUGAUGAAUUACCAAUCAUAUAUGUUGGCAUGGAAGCAUGUGUUGCAUUCAUAGCUAUUAUUGGAAAUCUUUUGGUCAUUAUAGUGUUUAUACAGGAUCGACGAUUACGUAAAGUUACAAAUUUUUAUAUAAUUAGCCUUUCAUUUGCCGAUCUAUUAGUUGGAUCAAUCGGUAUACCAUCGGCUAUAAUGACAAAAAUUGGUUUACCACGUGGUUCAAUGAGAUUAUGUGUAAUUAUGUUAAGUUUAUUGAUCAUAUUAUGUACGAUUUCCAUAUUGAAUUUGGUUGCCGUAUCAAUGGAUCGAUAUUGGGCAAUUCUACAUCCAUUGGAUUAUCAUAAACGGAUUUCCGAGAAGACAGCAUUGGCAAUAAUAUUUGCAUGUUGGCUAGUUGGAUCAUUAAUCGGUUUAUUACCAUUAUUUGGCUGGCAUAAUGAAUAUAAUGAUCGUUGUUAUUUCAUACCAACAAUGAAUUAUAAUUUUUUAAUGUUUCUUUAUUUUGCCACAAUUGUGUUCCCUGCGAUUAUAAUGGCCAUUUUCUAUAUUCGUAUUUAUAUCGUUGUUAAACAACAACUUAGAAUGAAUAAAGUUCGUCAUCUAAGCAUCAGUCAUCAGGAAUCAAGUUUUAUUACCUCGAAUAAAGUUCCUAAUCUAAUAUCAUUGGCAACGAAAACAAAGAUGAAGAAAAAAUUUUCAAAAAAUUACAUUUCAGAUGUAAUUGUUGAAGAAGAAGGAUCUGAAAAUAAUAAUAACUUGGAUAGAGAACAAAAUUCAUCUAUUGAUAUGAUUAAUAAUGGAAAGAAUAUUGGUAGCCAUGUAUUUAAAAAACAUUCAUUACCACAUCUUAUUAAUAGUAGAUUUGAUUAUAAUCAUCAUAAUCAAUCAAAUAAUAUUGACCAUACAAAAUCCGAACCGAAUAGCCGUAAAACAAGUACAAUAUCAAUUAAUAAUCGAUAUAAUCGUCCAAUAUCGAUUAUCGAUUGUACGGGCAAUUAUAAAUGUUCAAAAUCAAAAUGGCGUUCAAUUUUAGCCAUUAUGAAAUUUCGACGUGAUGUUUCAAAAGUUUCUAGUCCAAAUGAUUCAAUCGAAAGUAUUGAUUACCAUUUUCAACAACAACAACAACAGCGUAAUAGCUAUUUUGUCAACAAUAAAUUAAGCUAUAGCCGUCGUGAAGUAAAAAAAGCACAAAAAUUAUUCAUAAUCGUUUUGUUUUUUAUGGUCUGUUGGAUUCCAUUAUAUACAUCGAAUGCAUUCGAAGCAUUCUGUCCACAAUGUCCAAAAUUACCUGCCAGCGUAUUGGAUUUUCUUAUUAUUUUAUCGCAUAUCAAUUCGGCUGGAUCACCAUUUCUAUAUGCAUUCCAUAUGAAAGAUUUUCGUCAGGCAUUACGUCGUUUAAUUUGUAAAGGAGCUUUUAAUCAACGAAAACUUCGUGAUUUACGCCGCGAAGAAUUGUUCAAUGUAAGUGUACAACAACAACAACGAUCAAAUUCUAAUUUAAACCGAAAUGGAUCAUCAUCGCAUACAGUUAAUCAUAAUCAUCAAACAUUCGACAGAAUGAAUCCAAAAAAUUCUGGCAUAAUACAUAAUCCUCAAUUUGAACAUUCAUCGUCACAUACAACAUGUCAUGAAUCACUUGAACAUAUCUUCAAUGCUAUGACAACAACUAUUCAUUCAAAUGUUUGUCCAAAAUCAUCACCAUUAAAAACAAAAAAGACAUCCAAUCAACAUCCUCAUCAACAAAGACAACAAAAAUAUCAUACCAUGCCAUUACUUUCGAAAGAAUCGAUAAAUAUUACAAAUAAUAUGGAUAAAAAUCUUAGUAUUUUAAUCAAAUAG